GCUUCCUUGUUUCACCCGGAGUUCACAGGGAUGGAAUGAGUUCCGGUUGGUAAUGUGAGUUACCUGUGCAUGCCGCAGAGAGUAGCCUCAUUCAGAGUGUAUGUUUCUGCCAUUUUACAACAUCGAAACCUCUUGACAUCAGUUAUUUUAUAGAGGACACGCUUGUAAAUGUCUGCGUGCUGAGUUACUGCUCCAGUUUCGAGCAGCUGUAGCAUCACUUGAGCCGCCACUAUGGGGAUCUUGGAAAAGAUCGCAGAAAUAGAGAGAGAAAUCUCUCGGACACAGAAAAACAAAGCUACUGAGUACCAUCUGGGUUUACUCAAAGCCAAACUAGCCAAGUACAGAUCUCAACUUUUGGAGCCCUCCAAGUCAGCGGGGGGCAAAGGAGAGGGCUUCGAUGUUAUGAAAUCAGGAGAUGCUCGUGUUGCUCUAAUCGGUUUCCCCUCUGUGGGUAAGUCCACCUUCCUUAGUUUGAUGACGUCAACAGCCAGUGAAGCUGCGUCCUAUGAGUUUACUACCCUCACUUGCAUACCUGGCGUCAUAGAGUACAAAGGGGCCAACAUCCAGCUGCUUGAUCUGCCUGGAAUUAUUGAGGGUGCUGCCCAAGGUAAGGGUAGAGGUCGGCAGGUCAUUGCUGUUGCCAGGACAGCAGAUGUUGUCAUCAUGAUGCUGGAUGCCACCAAAGGAGAUGUUCAGAGAGAACUUCUAGAGAAAGAGUUGGAGUCAGUGGGCAUCAGACUCAACAGAAGGAAACCAAAUAUUUAUUUCAAGCCUAAAAAAGGUGGUGGCCUCUCCUUCAACUCCACAGUUCCUCUCACCCAGUGUUCAGAGAAGCUGGUUCAGCUCAUCCUUCAUGAAUACAAAAUCUUUAAUGCAGAGGUGCUCUUCAGGGAAGACUGCACGGCAGACGAGUUCAUUGAUGUCAUAAAUGGGAACAGAGUUUACAUGCCUUGCCUUUAUGUGUACAAUAAGGUGGAUCAGAUCUCCAUUGAGGAAGUGGAUCGCCUGGCUCACAGACCUAACAGUGUUGUCAUCAGCUGUGGAAUGAAAUUGAACCUGGACUACCUUUUGGAGACGCUGUGGGAAUACCUGUCUCUGAUUUGCAUUUAUACCAAGAAAAGAGGAGAGCGUCCAGACUUUAAUGAUGCCAUCAUUAUGAGAAGAGGAGCAAGUGUAGAACAUGUGUGCCAUCGAAUCCACAGAACCCUAGCGAGUCAGUUCAAAUAUGCUCUCGUUUGGGGAACCAGCACCAAGUACAGCCCACAGAGGGUCGGUGUAACACACAUCAUGGAGCAUGAGGAUGUCAUCCAGAUCGUUAAGAAGUAAAACAAGCUUCUGACUGGACAGAGAAGAAACAGAGCAGAAGGAGUUCAAAUGGAAAAAAGAAAACAAUAGCACUGUACAGUAGAUACACAGCAACACCAUUCUUAUUUUGUAUAUGAUAAUUAACAAAAGAAAGAAAUUUGGUUUGAGUUAAUUGUGAAAAGAAUCUGACUAAUUUUACCUUUUAAGAUUAAGAUGUGUCAAGGAGUCAGAGAGAGAAACUGGGAAAAAUAAAGACCCUAAAACCCGAAA